AUGGUUCGUAGACGAUUCCAAGACGCCAAAGCUGGGAUGUCAAUGAUAAAUUCAUUCAAUGCCGAUAAAUUCCUGAAGAAAGUCGGUUUAGGUAAAGAAGACCAUCAUUUCUGGAAGCAAGUGGGCAAGGCACUGCUAUGCACAUAUACACUUUUUGGCAUAGCUUGGCUUUGGAAUGAAACUUCACCGUUGGGUUGGUGGACGCUGAAACCGAAACCUAAGGAAGAGAAAGAGCUGGCUCAUUUGUACGAGCGCCGAAAGUUCCCUUACCCGGGCGACGAGGAGGCCAUGAAGGAUUUCGUUGCUAAAGGUGGCAUGAUCGGAACGACCAUUGGGCCAAAAGGGGUCAUUGAAACAGAUAAGGAUUCGUACAAUUAUCAAAAGGCGUUGCAAGACAAGAAGUUUGAUCAGGAGGCUUUGAAGCUAUGGUUGAGGAUGAGAAAUGAGGUUAUUUCUGAACUUCAAGAUAAAGGGUUUGAUGUUGAAUGA